UUCGAACUUAGUGUAACAGUUGUUUUCAAGCGUCACGCGAGAAGAUAGCCUGAGCACGUUUAUUUAUUAAUAAUACGUAUUAAAAUUAGGUAAUUAAAGUAUUAUUGUGUUUAUCCUGAAUAAUAAAUAUUAACCUUGAAACAUACUGUAUGCAGGGAACCGGACGAAGAUUUUUAGUGCUAUGGGUAAAUAAAUAGAAAUAUCGUGAAUGUUUUUGGGGCUACUUAUGGCAAAUCCUGAGAUUCCGCCAACGAUUAUCGUAAGCACACGAAGGAGACUUGAAGAGGCGCGGCUUAAAGACAAUUCGCAGUGGUAGGCGGCGGGUUGAUUCCUCACCAUCACAUGAGUCCCGUGAGGAUGGUGUUCGAUGACGAGCUUGAAGAAAUCUUUGAUGAUCCUAUUAAGAUUAAUUUUGGAAGCGGCGGUAUAAUGAACGGUUUACUGCGUGGCACAGAAAUAUUUGAUCUUGAUUGUGUCGCAGAAGAGGCCGAUGUUGAUAUUAUUGAUCUGACUGGGUCUCGCAGUUAUCGGAACUUGCCAGUGUUAGAAGAUAAGUGUGACAUCAAGCCGUUGAAUGUUAAACUGGUCGACUGUUUCAAAUAUCCAUGGUAUUAUAGGAAGAAUUUAUCAGAAAUAUUGAGAAACUUAAAUAAAAGCAAAAAAAAUAUUGAAAAAGAUACGCGAGAGAAAAAAACCAGUAAAGUAGUUCUGAGUUCUGAAAUGGAAAAGAGAGAAAUAACUAAAGCAAAGAGAAACGACGGAAAGUAUUUAAAAGGCACAGAUAAAGAAAAAGAAUAUUUCAGACGUAAAUUAGAUAUAGAAAUACGAAGAGCAGUCAGUCAAAGAAAUAAAACUGAAGUUGAUUUUAAAAGAAACAAAGGAUUAAUCGGAAUGGUAGUGACUGAAAAAAAAAUUAACAUAGAUAAAACUGAAGGACUAAAUAAACCUAUACCUGAAAAAAUUAAAAUCGAUAAUAAACAUAAGAAUAAGCCAAAUGACAAAGAAAGCGAAACAUUUAUUCAGAAUGUUAAAAGUAAUCAAAGCAAACCUGAAGAUAUGAGUAGUUCUAUUCAGUCAAAAUCAAACUCACCUAGUGAGUUAGGGCUACUUCGUGAUUUAGAUAAUAAGCAAGACAACAGAAAAGAUUCAACAAAGUCGAAAGUUAUUCAGAAGAAGUUGAAAGAUUCUAAGAAAUAUAGAGAGGUUCAUAAGUGCAUGAAACCAGAUAAACGUCGAGAAAAGAGUGAAGAACGUGUAAAAACUCAUUGCUCCAAUAAAGAAAUAUAUUUUAAAUUACGGUAUUUCCAGGAUGGAAAGAUGAUAACGAAAAUUGUCAAAUGUAUUGAAGAUUCGAAAAACGAUUGCAUGGAUAAUUACGAUAUAGCUACUCAGACCAAACGUAAGAAGCUUGCAACAGUACAAGAAAAGUCUACAAAUAUGAAGAUUACUGAACCAAUAAAUGAUGAAGCGGUUCGUCCACAAUCUGCGGCACAUAAUAUUGAUAUGAAUGUCACAAACAGAUCGCCUUUGAAUGAAACGAAUACGGUUAAACUUGGAGAGAAUGAUAAAAUGAACAAACCAACGAAUCUGUCUACAAAUCCAUCAACAUCCUUACAAUCUUCACUGAAUAUUUAUGAAAACAAUUUGAAACGAGUCCGAGAAGAUAUUGAAAAACAAAUUAACAAGACACUAUCAGAAAAACCCCAAUUUGAACCAAAAGCAAGCUAUAAUAACACCCCUAAAGAUCUAAGCAAUCAACCUUCUAAAAAUCUAUUGGCUGCAGUAGCAGCUGAUUGUGCAAUGAUGAAUUCUGCGAAUAAUUCAGUCAGUGAAAAUAUAUUGAAUCAUAUAUCUAGGAAUCAAAAACAGAGUAAUCAAUUGUUGUCCCAAGAUCAAGCAAGACAGUCUUCAUUCCACGUCGUGGCCUAUAAUGCAGGAACUACUGCUAAUCACCAGAAUAUUUACAUCAAUAGGAAUCAUAGUAUGCCUGCUUCAAGUAAUGAUUUACACCAUAAUGUCAAUUCUCCAUAUCUGCCACGAAUCCAUAACAAUUAUUCAUUAAUAAACCAGGGACAUACUCAAGCAAAUUUAAGCAAAUAUUAUCAUAACCAAGUCCCUAGCGUAUCUAGACCCCAGGGAAAUUCCAAUAAUCAAAACAUUUUAUCUGCUCCCCAAAAUAACAAUGAGCACAAUCGCUUCAUACCUCCAAUCUACACCAACGCAAUUAGGCCUGAGGUAUCUUCUAACCACUACAGACCAGCGUAUUCUCAAAAUAUACCACAAACUUUUCACCAGUCUGUAAUGCAAGGUUUCCCUCGACAAUAUUAUCCAAAUUACUAUCGACAGCGUUCCUAUUACGAUGGAGGACUGUGUAAUGGUAAAAAUAAUCCGGCACGUUCUACUGAUAUAAAUCAAAAUCGUAGCUGGCCUGGUAGUAAUGGGACUCGUGUUCCAUAUUCUGAAUGUUCUAGUCUACCCCCAUUACCGAUACCACCACCUCCAUACACAUUGCCGAAUCAGCAUCUCUCCACUCCUGAUUCAAUGCUAUCUACACAAGAUACUUCAAUAAUUGGAAGGAAUGAUGAAGGUCUCAUUAAGAAGAUCAAUAUUAGAACCGGACCACUUAGCAAUAUCUUGGAAAAAAAUAAAAAAAAUCCAUUAUGUGAGAACAGAGAGUCGGAAAGCUCAUUAUCAGCGCAAAAACAAUAUCAAGUACACUCUAUUGAAAAGGAAAAAGACCCAAAAGAUGAAUUGGGGCAUGCAUUAUUUUCAGAAAAAUCGGUGGCAGCAAAAAAUGCCGUGCAGAAGGAAUUGGAUGACUUAAUAACAAACCUUUUUGAACCUGAUACCAGUUCCAUUACGUUUACUGCUAAUGUUGAAUCAAAUAAAGCUGAGAUGAAUAAUCCUAUGUCCAAGCCGUGCCCUCUAUCGAAGAAAUUAAAGGACCAAGCGGUGGUUACGUCCCAUAAAACAAAUGAAGAAAACAGAAAUAAUUCAAAGGUUUUAAACGCGUCUCCUAACGGUGAAAGUUCUAAAGAAGCUGUUGAAACAAUUAAUAAUUCGCCUUUUCUCAAUAAAUCUGUUUUAAAAUCGAGAUUGCUCGAAGAAAACGAAAUUUUAAUCGAUAGAAAAAUAUCAAAGAAGAGAUUUUUAUUUGAAAAGAAUGUUACAGAUAAAGAAGGGACCAAAAAAAUUUCUAUAGAGGAAUAUAAAAAUAGAUCUUUAGGAAGUCGAAACGGUCAAUCGAAGUCUAGCAUAAAAUCGAAUGAGAAUCGAUCAGUGAAAUAAAGUGUUUGUUUAGAAAAAAUAUAUAUAGGUGCAUUAUAUGUAGAUAGCUGGGUUAGCAGUAGCAAUGGUCAAUCCUCAUACAUUUAAAUAAUUUAAGCCGAAUAGUGACGAAUCCGCCAUGGUGUGCCAAAGAAUCGUAUAUAUCUUAAUUUUAAGACUCAAUUUUUUUGUCUUAAAGGAGUUAUCUGUUAAAUGCCUAAGCAAAAUUCAAAAUCUUUAGUUUUAAGCAAAUGUAUACAUUAUAAAACCGGUUGGCUCAUUUCGUAAUUUUCAACUGCUUUUAUUGAUUCGCCAUCCUUACUGAAGUAAAUGAAGUGUAUAUUACUGUAUUGAAGUAUAGUACACUGAAGUAUAUAAUAAGGUGAAUAUAGUACAAAUGACUUUAAUAUGAUGGACAUUAGACAUGACUCAUAUAUGUUUUAUAACUUUUCAUUUACUCUGAAAGUAUUGGUUUUUAUUUAGAAUUUAACUACUCGUAUAAGAGCAGCUGCUUAAGAUUAAAGAUACGUCUUUCUGUCUUAAUGACUAUAAUAUUUGCAUGUUUACAAAUCGUAAACGAAGUAGGCACUUGUUAAUUUUGUGAUGACAUAACAUUAUACAUAUAUGUAACGUUCUCUUAAACUGUAUUGAAGAUUAUAUUGAAGAAAAUUUACUGAUUAGUUAAGUGAAAUUAUUUAGAAACGCCCAAGUUCUGUUUUAGUAUUGUAAGUUUACUUAUAUCUGUAUUAGUAUAGUCAUGUAUUUAAUAAUUUAGUAGCGUGAUUUAGCGUUUUUUAUUGACAUUAAAAUUUAGUGUAAUGUUAGUGUGAACUUUAGCAACGAUUUUAUGUUGCGAAUUUUGAAUUUCUUUUGUGUUGCGGUGUGGUUGGUCGCAAGCCUGCAUCUUGGGCCUUUGUGAAGGAUCUUCAAUUGUUUCGAACUGUUUGUCAGAAACUCCUGUUGUUAAUGCCAAACGUUUUGGAGAAGUUUAGUGGCCAACAAUCAGAAAAGGCUAGCAGAAAUGAAAAUGCUUCGUCCCUCUACGAAAUUUUUCAGUGUAAAUCGCAAGGAUAAGUGAAGAUCCAGUAACCUUUAAUAGGACUGAUGUGUGUAAAAUAAUUUUGGGUUACAAUGAAAUUAAAUAACUUUGUAGAA